AUGACUGGAAUGCGCAAUGAACAGAUGACUGGAAUGCCUAAUGAACAGAUGACUGGAUUGCCAAAUGAAAGUCUCGAUCAACCAUAUGGUUCCACCCCUGACGUGUUUCCUGACGGUCAACCAAGAUAUGGUUCUACCCCUGACGUGUUCCCUGACGGUCAACCAAGAUAUGGUUCUACCCCUGACGUAUUCCCUGAUGGUCAACCAAGAAGACCAACUUGGCAAGGUUACCCAUACGAUCUGCAACCACCUCCGUAUAUGUCUGGUGGACGUGCACCACCAAGGUCUCGAGGAUCGGAGUGGCACUAA